CUCCUCUUCCCGCUGUGAUACCGGCGCUAACAACAAGUUAAGCUAGCAGGAGCUACCGCAGUUGGGUAAGAGUGAGCGCUGCCGACGGUUUACCUCGCAAACGGUCUCAUUAAGGGCAUUUCUCACUGCAGGACAUCAGUAGUCUUUUGGACCUGCUGAAAUGGGAGACCCUUCUUACAACAGAGACUGUCCCCUGGACUGCAAAGUUUAUGUUGGGAAUCUUGGAAACAAUGGAAACAAGUCAGAGUUGGAACAGGCUUUUGGAUACUUUGGACCUUUACGGAGUGUUUGGGUUGCUAGGAACCCACCAGGCUUUGCAUUUGUUGAGUUUGAAGAUCCAAGAGAUGCCUCUGAUGCUGUGAGAGAACUGGAUGGAAGAACAAUGUGUGGCUGCCGAGUACGUGUUGAAUUGUCCACCGGGGAAAAGCGUUCGAGAAGCCGUGGUCCCCCUCCAUCCUGGAGUAGACACUCGAGGGAUGACAUCAGGCGUCGUAGCCCUCCAGUUAGACGCAGAUCGCCGAGGAGGAGGAGCCUGAGCCGCAGUCGCAGCAGGUCUGUUUCACGAGACAAACGUAGAUAUCGGUCUCUGUCCAGAGACAAGAACCGUAAGCGCUCAAGAUCAUUUUCACGAUCAAGGAGUCGUUCUCGGUCUAACGACAGGAAGUGAGGACGUCACAGAAUGGCUUAUGUGUUUGGGAACUCCAAUUUUUAUAAUCAUGGUUUUUUUUUGUUUUAGAUUUUAUUUGCCAGCUCAAGGUGGUAGGGAUGUUCAAGUCGUUACAGUCAGUUCACAAUAAAGGUUUUUUGUUUUCACCAUUUUGAUUUUUUUCACCAUGAUUGUUUUUGCUAUUAUAGGUUUAGAUUUUAUUUUUUAAAUAGCUGGUUUAUUUUACAUUGAUCUCCUGUUAUGCAAUUAUGUCUGUGGGUUUUAUUUUGCAAGUCAUGUGUUUUGGGGGAAAACUCCACAAUUGUAAGUUGUGGGGCUAUUAGAUAAAGCUACAUAUAACUAC